AUAGUUAUCGAUAGCAAUAGCACUGAUGAUCAUCGCUAGUCAUAUGGAAAUGUCAUAUCAAAACGGAAACGGCGAAAGUUGACAAAAGAAGGAACAGCAGGAUUACAAAUGUGAAGUGGUGAAAGGAGUGUUGGCGAAGAAAUAUAAAAAAAAUUGAGUUUUUCGUAAAAUUAAUUGAUAAAAUUUGUAGACAUUUAUAAUUCAACUAAUGCAUACUAAUAUUUAAUUCAUUUGAAAAUAAAUUAUCCGAUAUACAAAUUAAACUCUUUGAUUAAGAAAAGAAUUUGAAAACCAAAGCGGAAGUGCACAAAUAGAGAUAAGAACGAAAUUUUUACGCUGACGGCACAGCAACAGCCACCUCAUAUACAGCAACAGUUGCUGCUGCAGCAAUCUGCAUGGCUUUAUGGAAAAGUAGCCGCUCAAGCUAAUUAAAUUUUGUGAUUUCUUUGCCUUUUCUAUAUAUUAGAGGCUAUUGGCUGGCGUAUUGCCAUUGUUUAGCCAACAUGAGUUCAGCUGUAGAUAUACAAAUUGUAUCGGCACCAAAUUUGGAUAAGAUCGAGAAUUUCUUCAAGGAUGUUUCGUAUCGUGAAACCAUCGAAUUUAGUGCAAAUUUCAAUACACGCUUGUGUUUAGAACGGCGUCUGCGUUUACCAUUUUUUGAUCCACAAACCCGUGUUGCUCAGAAUCAUUCGCACCUAUUCGUGGAUAAACGACAACGGAUGCCGGGCUUCCGUCAAGGACAAAUAUACACAUAUCCAUCAACACGUUGGCGAAAGAGCCGGCGUCAAUAUUUGAAUAAAAUGUACCGAUUUCCCGAUCGGCCAUUUCAGGCUCUGCGCAAAGAACAUGAAGCAUAUUCUGUUGCUGGCACAGCGUCACCGUUAGUUGCUUCGAGUCUUGCGUCGACACUCGACUCCGAUUUGAAUGGUACACUCCUAGAUGAGUCAUUGUCUCUGGGUGCAGCUGGUGGUGACACUUCCGAUAGUAAAGAUAGUCAACAAUUAGCUGCGCAGCAGCAACAACAACAACAACAACAGCAGCAACAAGCAAUUAAAGAAGACAUGUCAAAAGAAUGGUUUUAUGAUGAUAUGGAAAUGAAUGAACUCGAUGGUAUCGAAGAACCCAAAUCACCUGCAGAUGAUGAAUUCGAUUAUGAUCCACGUUACGGUAGUAAAAAACGACGAAAGCGUAGACCAAGUAAACGUGCCCUAGCUGCGGCUGAAGGUGUCGGUAGUGCUGGUAGUGGUGGUGGUGGCGGUGGUGUUGGACGUCGUCGUACAGGUGGACAUCGGGGUCGUACUUCGGCGGCAGCUGCUGCCGCUGCAGCUAAUACAACUGAUGCUUCGCACUCCACCUUAGACACAACGGAUGGCAAUAGCAGUAGCUUAACGGGUGACAUAACCGCUACACCAACAUCAACGACUAGCAGUGGACGUCGACCGCGUGGCACGGGUGGUACACGUGGACGACGCCGUACGAAGGCUAAUAAUUCAAAUGUCUGUGAUCCACCAAGUCCGGGAUUAAAUAGUGAGCCACCGUCCUUUGAAACUGCUGCAGCAUUCGCUGGCGUAAUGGGUGACCUGCCGGGUGUGGGUGAGGAACAAGGCGAUUUAAGGAAUUAUCGUAAGUUUCUGUAACAGAGUGACGAAAGUGUCAGCUGCAUAAACCGACGAAGUGGUGAUGGAAAUGAAAAAUAUGAAGCUACAAAUUGUUUGUUGGAUAUUUAAUUGUUAAAAAGUUGUACAUGUGUGUACAUACAUACGUAUAUGUGUGUAUACAUUUAUAAGUUGUGUCAUUACGUUGCAUGACAACCAAUUACCUAAUAACGGUUAUUUUAUUGUUGGCUCAUACGAUGUUAUCAAUACCUUAAUAUUAAACUAUGAACUGGAUUUUUUAAAUUUGAUUUCUAAUUGACAAUGAAUUGAACGCGUUCAGCUGCAGAAGAAUUGAAUAUAACUUUUUUUAUAUAUAAAUAUAAUUUUUUUUUAGCUUUAGAUUCAAAUAAUUUGUAUAUCUGAUAUUAGUGAAAUGCAUUUAAAUUCUAUACCAAAGCACAAUUAUUAAAUUUUUCACAAAAAUAAUACAUAAUUCUUUGGACAAAGGGUUUAACCGAGAAAAUUUUGUACGUACAUACAUACAAAAAUAGUUUUCUAUUAUAACAAUCCAAUAUGAUUUUUUGUUUUUAAAUACAUUACAAUACGAUUUGUAUUUUAUUUUUUUUUAUAAACACCUCUAACUAAUAUUAGAAUUGUUAUUCAUAUUAAAAACUUACAAAAAUAUAUUAGGUUAGGUUAGUCUAACCUAUAAAAAUAUUGAAAAUACCACAAGUUAAUAGCAACAUAAGAAAUUACGGUAUAUUUUCUUGUUCUACCAAACGCAAUAGCAGAGAUCAAUAGCUAAUUUUGUUUUAUAUUAUUAUUAAAAUUUUUUGUUAAUAAUCCCACACAAUAUAUAAUUUAUAAUAUAUAUAGUUAGUAUAAUUAAGAUUUUUUUUUACUUUGAACAAACAAUUGCGUACUUCAUGUACGCAUAUGCAUGUUGAUGUAUAUGUAUAUGUAUAAGAAAUAGCCUGAAUUGUUUAUUAUAUUAAAACGAUAUUUAAAUUUAUACACAAACAUACAUACAUAUACAAAAUGGUUUCUAUUGUAUGAAUGAAAUUUGCUUGUACAAAUAUGCAAUACAAAUACAUAUGUACAUAUAUAUUUAACAAUUUUUAAUGCGAUUUUACAAAAUCAACUUGGGACCUUAUUGGUGUAUAGUCCGCAAAGCGGGGAAAUAACAUAAUUAAACAAAAAAAUUAUAUUCGCCUACAAAAGCUUUAGAAAUAAAUAUUCUAUAAUAAUUUUAUGUAAUAUAAAAUUUCGCAAUAUUUUUUUAAUCCAUCGUAUCAGUGCUAAUACAUAUAGACGCGUUCAAAUAUUUAUUUAUACUUCUCAGUGUGUAAUUACUUUUCACUCUUUUACCGUUAAUCAAUAUAUACAACAAAAAAAAAUUGUGUACAAAAUAACAAUCAGUAAUACAAGUUUUUAUAUUUGCAAAUAAAUAAUUAUUUCCUUUUAGAAAAAUCAUAACUGUUUAUAUACUAACUUUAUUCACUGGCUGUAAAUUUA